UCGCACGGCGGCGUAAAAACGGUCUGUUGCGCUCCUAGUUUUCCGUUUCCACCCCGUCGGCGACGCACGUACCCCGCGCGUUAGACAUUAUUACUGUUACAUCGUCCGUGCACAAUCAUACGCCGCCGUUCGAUCGGCUCUCGCUGACGAGUCGAUAAUAACAACAUUAUAAUAAUAUAAUAGAAUAAUAAUUAGCCACUUGAAAAACGUGUUAUUCGUCACGACGUCGGCGGCAACCGGCUACGAAUUAUAAUAAUAUUAUCAAUAAUUAACAAUCCUCGCGUCCAUCAUAAUAUAAUAUUAUCAUUUAUUAUCAUAUAAUAUCAUAAUAUUAGUACGCGGUCGACUCACGUCUUACAGGCGCAGUGCUCGCGAGACGGCUGUCAGGUCUGCGAAGAUCGUCCGCGCGCGCGUCGUGUCAACAGGAAAUAAAUAAUAUUUCCGACGAAAUAUCCACACGGUGACUCCGGGCCGAUAAGGAGGCGAUAACGACGACAACAACAACAACAACAAUAAUAAUAAUAUAGUAAAAUAUAUUAUUAUUAUAUCGCAAUCAUGCCAGCCAUCGUAGCCAACGAGUUGCAAGACAUGCAAUUGCGGUCGGCCCACGUAACGGACGAGUCUCUGGAGAGCACCCGUCGGAUGAUCGAACUCUGCGAAGGGACAAAGGAAGCAGCCAUUAAAGCUCUAGUUGAGUUAGAUGAUCAAGGCGAGAAAAUGGACAGGAUCGAGGAGGGGAUGGAUCAAAUAAAUGCGGACAUGAAGGAAGCGGAGAAGAACCUUACCGGCAUGGAGAAAUGUUGUGGUAUUUGCGUGGUGCCUUGCAACAAGUCGACAUCUUUCAAAGAGGACGAAGGCACGUGGAAGGGAAACGAAGAUGGAAAAGUAAUAAACAAACAACCUCAGCGUGUGAUCGAGGGGCCGAACAUUACGCCACAGGGUGGAUACAUAGUGAAUGAUACAAACGAAAGUAUGCAUUCAUGUAGGAUUACAAACGACGCCCGAGAAACGGAAAUGGAUGAAAACUUGGGACAAGUGAACACGAUGAUUGGUAACUUGAGAAACAUGGCGUUGGAUAUGGGUUCCGAGCUUGAAAAUCAAAACCAGCAGAUCGAAAAAAUCAGCACAAAGACAAAGUCAAAUGAUUUGCGGAUUUCAGCGGCCAACCAAAGGACCAGAAAUCUUCUUAAAUAAAUUACUUAACUUAAACCUUCUGCUAUCUGUGGUUGUCAUAAGCGAACAUUAUGUAUGGAUUUUUUUUUUACAUACUCAAACUUCAUGAGUAAAUAUCGUGUCUUCCCUUCAUGUCGUGUUAUACUAUACAGCAUUAAAUAAUAAAUAAUAAUAUAGAAAUAGGUUUAUGAAAUAAUAAUAAUAUUUUAUAGAUGUAUUACAUGUGGUUUGAAGUAGGUACCUACCUAUAGUACCUAUAUAUAUAUUAUAAUAAAAUAUAUACUAUCCGCUUCUGUCCAAUGACUAAUGUAGAUAGAUACAAAAUGUCUAUUAAUAAUAUCGGUAUUCAUAAAAUUCUCAUUCGCAACUUUCACCCACUCGUGACAAGUUUUCGUAUUAGCAAGUGUCAAAAUUAAUUUUUUUGACGGACAGUUUUGGAUUUUUUCGUAUAAACCUUAUGAAGGUUUCAAGUUUGUGCCAUUUGUAUAUAUAGCAUUUGCUGUCCAUCAACAAGUUAAAAAAUACAUCCCUUUACUUUUUAUAUGAUGUAUAAUAUGCACGUCGUAAAAAAAAUAAAAAUACAAACAAAUAACAAUGUCGUUGAAAUUCCAAUUUAAACUUACCACCAUAAACCGAACUAACGUGAUUAUUAUUUACUUAUACUUCAGUGACUUACUAUUUAUAUUUGACACUUGCAUUUAUGUACAAACGAGUGUAAACAGUAAAAUAUAUAACCUUAAUAUUAUACGGAUCCGUCCACUUCAUAAUUAAAAACAAAGUUCAUUAUUUUUACUAUACAAACUCUGAACUCAAUAAAUACGAGUGCGUUGGAAUCCUUCUUUUAAAAUGUAAUUAAUCAAUCUCAAAAAAUAUUAAAGCUAAAAUACAAUUAUUAAACAUAUAAAUAGAUAUAUAUUUAAACACAUUUAUAUUAUAUUUUGUCUCAUUUUAUAUCAUAUUCUAUUUGUAAAAUAUUCAUUAUAUAUUAUACUUUAUGCGAAACUGUUAAGCUCAAAUAAUUCAAUACAGUAUAUAUUAUUCUCAACCAAUUAAAAAUUAAUUGUAUUUAAAUGUCGUGGAUAUACCUAUAGUAAUAUUUACGACUAUAAUAGGGUACUCGCUGAAAAUACGCCAAAAAUAUUGAUUAUUCAUUUAUCAUUUAUAUAUACCCACUAACAUUAGGUCACUCGUGCAAGUAAUUGAAUAGAUUACUAAUUGAACCCGUUUUUAGUUUUUAUUAAUAACAUUGUCGUAAAUUUCUAAAAUGUGUCAAACGCGUUAAGUUUAACUACAUCGCGUCGUGUGUAAUAAACUAAUAACUAUAUACAUUUAUAAGUCUUGCGUACAGUUUACUAUGUAACUUAUGUCUGCAGCUAUCAAAUCAUCAAUAUUAAUAACAACUUAUGCGCUGUAAGGUAAAUGCAAUUUCAAAAAUUAUCCUGAAUUCCAAUAUAUCGACGUUUUCUCCAUUUAUUUGUAAACAAUUAUUGGCUAUAUAGAGAUAUAAUAAUAUUCAUGAUAUGAUUUUGAUUAGAAUAAAUUACGACGUAUAUGUCAUUAACUAUUUAGAUUAUGUCCAACUUCUUUUCUUACUAAUCAUAACUAGUUAUAUCGUUCUAUGUGACUAUGUACUAUACGCGUACCUAUGAAAAUAACAGAAGGGUUGCACGAGUGUUCGAACUUUAUUAGCCUGUCUACGGUUACCUAUAUCGAAUAGAUAACUGUGGCAAAUUUGUUUACAUAAUUACUUGUGAUCGUGAUGCAUCUAAAAUUAAAAAUUUGAGUUUACAUUUCAUGUUAAGUCAAAGGGUCCUGCACGCCUAUAAUUUAAAAAAUUUAAAUAUUUUUAAUAGUUAAAAUAAACUAAUAAUGACUUAACACUAUAUAAUCAAUGCAAAUUGUGAUUGUACAGUUUUCAAAACGAAUACAUACAAGCAUAUUACUUAUAUUAUAUUUUGUUCACAAAUAAAAUAAUUUUAAACAGGUUUAACUAUAAUAACCACUUUUUCAAAUGUUUAACAUUUUUUUUUUUAUUUCAAUAAUGUUAUUAUCAAUUAUUGUAUUAGAAUAUAAUUAGUAUAUUUGGGAUGUCUAUAUAUUAUAUAAAUCGAAUAUUGUUUUCGAAAUUUAGCAUUUAAUUUGCAUCGAUCCGGAAUGUUUAAAAUAGGGAGAUAUAGUACAUUAGUACCUACUCAUCGACCUCUACAUAAUUUAAUAAAUGUCUCAAAUCCUAUAUUACAACUUAUAAGUUGUACAUUACUUGCAUAUAGAUACGUUAUAAUAUAUAAUAUUGUUAUAUUAGAUGAUAAGUAUUAUAUUUAAUGUAAUGUAGCCAUAGCUGAGUAUUUCACAAAGACCAUAGAUGAUUAAAUCUGAGCCUUUUUAAAGCUCACUAUAAAUUUUAAUUAUACGCAUUUUAUAUGGUGUUAAUGUUAUAUGUUAUAUCAACAUUUUUUUUUUUUAAUUUGUAAAAUUAUUCAAACGCGACAGCAAUCACUCAACCCCCUGUGAUGUUUUGUAUAUCCUGUCCGUGAAAAUAAGUUUAAAUAAUCACAAGAAAAUCGUUCAAUAUAUAUACCAAAUAUUAUAUUAUAUUAUGUAUUGUUAUAUGUACCCGCAUUAUUUUUCAGUUUUUAUCAAUGUCAAGGCUUUUUUCUCUUCGGUUGUACGUGUCCUUCCAGACUGUUUAUCUUCAAUUAUUAUCUGUAAAAUGAAUAAAUGUCAAUUAGAAAGUGAA